GAUCCGAGGGCGCUGCCGGCGGCGUCAAACUCCGGGCGGCUCGGGAGCCUGGGCCUGAGGAUCGGAUGGAGAGCGGCCCAGCCCGUGAGCGAGUUUCUCCAUGGAGUUUCUGGGAGGCUCCCGGUGUCCGGGUGUGAAUCGAAUUGAGCAGCGGGGAAUUCCGAACGUGGCAGGAUGGAGGGCGGGCUGGACGGAAUGGGAUGGCUGGCCCACCUUUCCGGCGUGUUUCUAGGUACUGCCUGUUAAUGGAUUCACUCAGCCGUCGGUCUCUCGGCAGGAGCUUGUCUUAAAGCUGAAAUUCGCCAUCAGCACUGCAUCCGAGGAACCGCUGGUUCCCGCUCUCAACCCUGGAAAACAUGUCAGAGCCGCGAGAGAACGAGAGGCCGGAGAAGGAUAAGCGGGCUGUGAGGCCAAAGGUCAGACAAGGAGAGCCAGAAGAUCAGAGGGAAAGUCGCAGCAAGAGGAGGAACAGAAAUUCUCACAAAUCCGAACUCUCUGCCGGUGCCUCUGGAAUGGGACAAAAGGAGGGAAAUGUCGGGAAUCCUUCGGGUGGGAAAUCAGGGAAACAGAACCCGGAUCUGACUCGGGAGAAGGAUUCCCAUGACUUUGGGACUUGCAAACUGCACAGCAGAUCCCUGAGGCAGCGGAUUCAGGAUGUUGUGGGUCAGUGCUUCCCCAUUAAAUCCCACAGCCUACAUUCUGCCAUCUUAUCCUCCUCCAAGAGGAAGAUCCACAUUAGUGAACUGAUGCUUGAUAAAUGUCCCUUCCCUGCUGGCACAGAUUUAGCACAGAAAUGGUACCUGAUCAAGCAGCACACAGCCCCCGUGUCGCAGAGCUCGCCGAUGCUGGAUACUGCAUCCUCUGGCGGGACCCCUGUGGAGGAUGAAGAUGACCGUCUGCGGGAGAGACGGCGGAUCAGCAUUGAGCAAGGGGUUGAGCCUCCCCCCCACGCACAAAUCCAUACCUUUGAGGUGACAGCGCAGAUUAACCCUUUGUACAAACUGGGGCCCAAACUGGCGCCAGGAAUGAAUGAGCUGGCUGGAGAUGACCGGGCCACACUCCAGGUACAGGAGAGCGUGUGUGUUGAAGAGGUGUCACCUCCCCAACUGCCCCCAGAGCAGGUGGAGAUCAAAGACGGCUAUCGUGCCCACACGCAGAUUGACUACAUCCACUGCCUGGUUCCCGACCUCCUGGAGUUGACCACUUUUCCUUGCUACUGGGGGGUCAUGGACCGAUACCAGGCUGAGGCCCUGUUGGAGGGCAAGCCAGAGGGAGCCUUCCUGCUGCGGGACUCAGCACAGGAGGACUACCUGUUCUCAGUCAGCUUCCGCAGGUACAGUCGCUCCCUGCACGCACGCAUCGAACAGUGGAACCACAAUUUCAGCUUUGAUGUUCACGACCCCAGUGUCUUCCAUGCUCCCACUGUCACCGGCCUCCUGGAGCACUACAAGGAUCCCAACUCCUGUAUGUUCUUUGAACCACUCCUCUCCAGUCCCAUCAACAGGACCUUCCCGUUCAGCCUCCAGCACAUCUGCCGAGCUGCCAUCUCCAGCUGCUCCACUUACGACGGGAUCGACCUCCUUCCGAUUCCCAACACCCUGAAGGAAUACCUGAAGGAAUAUCAUUACAAGCAGAAGGUCCGAGUGCGGCGUCUCGAUACCAGGUGAAACCAACAGAAACUCGCUGUAAAACUGACCUCCUCAACCUGAGAUAGAGGAUUAACUUUAAAUAACGACAUUCUUAUUGUUUACUAUUUAUUUGAAGACUGCAAAAUCCAUGACCUUAACCCAACAGUAUUUUCUUGGGGGUUUUUUGUGCUAAUUUUAUGUUCACCAGAGCACCAAAGUAUUGCAGCAUAAAGCACAGAUAUGUGCAAUGUAAAGCUCCCUCUGCACUGUCCCAAUAACCUGCCUCGCCACCCUAUCGCCCCUCCCAAAACCUCACAGGAGUCGGUCCUACUGCACUAAUGGGAUGUUUUAUCCAUUACUUCUUACACCAGCCAUCCUACAUGCGAUUUCCACCCUUGAUGCCGAUCAGUGCCCCAGCUGAGACUGACCAACUGAUUUCACAUCGGACUCCCACAGCUCGUGAGUAAAGGAGACUUUCCAUCCUUUAUCCAGGAUGGAUUAAAACAUGGUUAUCAGAGGUGAAAGCCCAGGUGUGCCAUGUAUCAUCUUUAUUUACUGCAUCUCACCCUGCCCCACCACCCUCCAUCCCCCCGCCCCAAAUUUUCUAGUUUGUAACUUUGAAAAGGCAAGGUGCACAAAAAGACUGAAGACGUAAAUCAUCAUUGGGACCACUACUGAGUGCUGCUUUGUUAAAGGUUUAGUUGUUACACUGACUUGGUGUAAAUAUGGACCACGUUAAUUGCGGGUAAUUAACAAGAUAUCAUUUCCAGAGAUUCCAUCUCUUAUCUGUUGGCCAUAUCCCCUAUGGCACAAAGUGUAUGGACUGUUAAUGCACUGAAUUAUUGAUGAUGCUAUUGAACAAAACACAAUCUUAAUCUAGCACAUGAUUGUUGUGAUGUAUGUCAUUAAAUCCUGAAGAGUGAUUCUUAAGGCCGUAAUCUCCUUGAGUAACUCCCGGCGAGCCAGCAGAUAAAUCCACCGCAUGUUUCACUCCUGGGAUGUACUCAGAGCAGAAAGACCCAGUUCCUGGUCUGGCCUGAGUUUGAUUAUCUCAUUCAGGUCAGAAUUUGGGCUUCACUGCACUAGUUCUCAGCAUCUCUGGGCUAAGGAAGGGGACAGAAAAGUUCCUGAUCUCCAUUGUUAUCCAGUGACCCACCCUGCGGCAAAGUGGGUGAGGGACAGGAUUGGCCUUCACUGUACUGGCCCCUGUGUUCUAACAGUUUGUGGCCAUACGCUGACAAGGCUGCUACAAGGGUCACUUAGGGUGUGGCUCCAGAAGCUUACAGAUCCCUGCAUAAAUCCUACAUGGGCACAAGCUCGCAAAUCUUUACAGUAAAAUCACUGGAUAACCGGACGGGUUGGUGAGGUUACAAUUCACGAGCUGCCAGUUACCUCAGUUUUGUUUACAGCCACAUUUUUCACCUGUGUAAUCCUUGGAUACAAAAGUCUUCCAGAGUCUGAGAACUGGUUGCAGGGGGAGUUAAAAUGAUGCAAAGUACUUUCAGGAUUGAUGCCUUGAUAAAUUAAAAGCUCAAACUAA